AUGGAGCAAAAUAUUUGGAGAAGACUGGGUAUUACCAGCUUUGAACCAAACGAACAGACGCCUGAGCAGGGGCAGGCCGCCGCGGCGGAGCGCUUGGCACUAGGUUUUUGCGACAAUAGGUUCUAUGGCGAGGAAUAUUGUCGCAAGUGGAAAGCGAAGAAAGACUCGGAAGAUCGCAUUAUAUACGACGGGAUCCAGCGGGAACCCGUUGAAGUGUUCAUGGAUGAAAACCCUCUAUGUUCCAUCAAUUUGGUGAAGAUUGGUAACUGUGAACGCUCAAGGGAACACAGACUCGAUGAUUAG